ACAAGCACUACUACUGAGAGUACAACACCCACUCCAUCCAUGACUCCUUUUACUUCCAGUUCUGAGCCUUCUGAGACGACUGCACCCUUCCUAUCUUUAAGCACCAACACACCCACUGAGCACUUCAAGCACACUACACCACAAGAAACCUCAUCUGAGUACACAGUUAUGUCUAUUUCUUCCACCACUGAGCAACCCUCCACAAAAGAGCUGUCUUCUCAGUCAACAAUGUCUGCCUCCUCCAUCGAGAUGACCUCUGAAACUACAAACACUACUACUGUGAGUACGAAACCUACUCCAUCCAUUACUCCUUUUACUUCCAGUUCUGAGCCUUCUGAGACAACUGCACCCACACUAACUUCAAGCACAAACACACCCACUGAGCACUUCAAGCAGACUACACCACAAGGAACCUCAUCUGAGUACACAGUGAUGUCUAGUUCUUCCACCCCUGAACAAUCAUCCACAACAGAGGUGUCUUCUCAGUCAACAUUGUCCAUAUCCUCCAGUGAGUUGACCUCUGAAAGUACAAGCACUACUACUGAGAGUACGACACCUACUCCAUCCAUUACUCCUUUUACUUCCAGUUCUGAGCCUUCUGAGACGACUGCACCCUUCCUAUCUUUAAGCACCAACACACCCACUGAGCACUUCAAGCACACUACACCACAAGGAACCUCAUCUGAGUACACAGUUAUGUCUAUUUCUUCCCCCACUGAGCAACCCUCCACAAAACAGCUGUCUUCUCAGUCAACAAUGUCUGCCUCCUCCAUCGAGUUGACCUCUGAAACUACACACACUACUACUGAGAGUCCAACACCUACUCCAUCCAUUACUCCUUUUACUUCCAGUUCUGAGCCUUCUGAGACUACUGCACCCACACUAACUUCAAGAACAAACACACCCACUGAGCACUUCAAGCAGACUACACCACAAGGAACCUCAUCUGAGUACACAAUGAUGUCUAGUUCUUCCACCACUGAACAAUCAUCCACAACAGAGGUGUCUUCUCAGUCAACAUUGUCCAUAUCCUCCAGUGAGUUGACCUCUGAAAGUACAAGCACUACUACUGAGAGUACGACACCCACUCCAUCCGUGACUCCUUUUACUUCCAGUUCUGAGCCUUCUGAGACGACUGCACCCACACUGACUUCAAGCACAAACACACCCACUGAGCACGUGAAGCAGACUACACAACAAGAAACCUCAUCUGAGUACACAGUGAUGUCUAUUUCUUCCACCACUGAGCAACCCUCCACAAAACAGCUCUCUUCUCGGUCAACAAUGUCUGCCUCCUCCAGUGUGCUGACUUCUGAAACUACAACCACAACUAGUGAGACCACAACACCUAUUUCAUCCAUCACCCCUUUUACUUCCAGUUCUGAGCAAUCUGAGACAACUGCAGCCAUGAUAUCUGCUAGCACCAACACCACAAUUGAUUACUCCCGUACACCAGAAGGGAGCUCCUCACUGCUUACAACUUCCACAACCUAUCAUGGAUCUGCUAGCACUGAAAUUGCUCCUAGUGGAACAUCUCAUUUAUCAACAUCCCUUGAAAGAAGUACAGAGACUUUUACCACUGUUGUUGCACAAAUCACUUCCAAUACAACAUUAUCAUCUGCAUCCAUCACUGAGACCAUAACCACACACUCUACUACUAGCAUAUCAGAAAUGACCCCAACAUUGUUGCCCACUACAUUAACGCCUUUUGCUUAUACUACUACCAAAAUAUCCACCGCCAAGGCAUCUUCACCUUCCACCACUACUCGUGGACGCACAUCAACUAAUUCACAGCUUAGAACUUCAUCUGCUUCUUCCACCACAGUUGCCCCUCUCGGGUGCCUUAAUGGAGGAGUGCUUGUCGAGGGUCGUUGUCACUGUCCUUCUCCCUAUAUUGGGCAGCGUUGCGAAGAGGCAAAGAAUGAAGUCCAAGUGGUGACUGUUGAGGCCACAAUCAAUGUCUCUGUAACAGUGAAGAAUCGGAUGUUCAGCCCAGAGAUGGUGAAUUCCAGCUCCUCUGCCUUCAAGACAUUUGUGAAGAUCUUUGAGGAACAGAUGAACAUCUUAUAUGCGGACAUUCCUGGUUACACGGGUGUAAAGGUGAUUCGGCUGAGCAAUGGCAGUGUUAUCGUGGACCACGAGGUGCUCCUGCAGCUUCACUUCUCAGACUUCAAUGCUUCUUACAAUGCUUCCAUGAAGAACCUCACACAGACCUUGCAAAAUAAUUGCACUUCCAAUGACAGAGAUCUGUCAGACGAAUGCAAGAAUGUCUCAGUGGUGGCACACAACCUCCAGCCAUAUUAUGUGGCGCAGGUCAUCAACAACACACUUCAGUGUGUCUCUAACUGCAGCGCUUGGAACCCCCACCCAUUCCACUGUGUGAAUGGAAAGUGCCACAUCACCUCUGAGGGGCCUCAAUGCCAGGGGACACCAAGCACAACAAGUGAAACAUCCAUUUCUACAAAUUUGAAAACAACACCUUCUGUGUAUGGAACCACAACACCUUCUGCUUAUACUUCUACAAAAAUAUCCACCAUAAAGGAAUCUUCCCCUUCCACUACUACUCGUGGACGCACAUCUACUAGUUCACAGCCUACAAGUUCCGCUGCUCCUUCCACCACAGCUGUCCCUCUUACGUGCCUUAAUGGAGGAGUGUUAGUCGGGGGUCGUUGUCAGUGCCCACCUCCCUAUACUGGGCGACGUUGUGAAGAGGCAGAAAAUGAAGUCCAAGUGGUGACUGUUGAGGCCACAAUCAAUGUCUCUGUAACAGUGAAGAAUUGGAAGUUCAGCCCAGAGAUGGUGAAUCCCAGCUCCUCUGCCUUCAAGACAUUUGUGAAGAUCUUUGUGGAACAGAUGAACAUCUUCUAUGUGGACGUUCCUGGCUACAUGGGAGUAAAGGUGAUUCGGCUGAGCAAUGGUAGUGUUAUCGUGGACCAUGAGGUGCUCCUGCAGCUUCACUUCUCAGACUUCAAUGCUUCCUACGAUGAAUCCAUGAAGGACCUCAAACAGACCCUGAAAAAGAAUUACACUUCCAAUGGCAACGAUUCACUUUGGUUUACUGGAGAGCGUAAUGUGACUGCAGUGCCCCUGAGCCCUGAAGAUCUGUCAAGUGUGUGCAAGAACUCCUCUGUGGUGGCACAAAACAUCCAGCAAUUUUACAUGGCACGAAACGUCAGUGGCGACCUCCAGUGUGUCUCUAACUGCAGUGUUUGGCACCCCGACCCCUUCAGCUGUGUGAACGGAAACUGCUAUGUCACCCCUGGGGGGCCCAGUUGCUACUGUGAGCAGUCAGAGUCCUACUGGUUCGUGGGCCACCGCUGUGAGCAAGGCAUCAGCAAGGUGGGGGUGGCCGUGGGGGUGGCCCUGGGCCUGGCGGCGCUGCUGCUGAUCAUCCUGGUCUUGGCCGUGCUUCUCUGCUGGAGGCGCUGUUGCCGGAAGGAGAAAGGACACAGGCUGAUGCAUUUGCCUCCCGAUGAAGAGAGGUGGUAUGAAAACGAGCCCGACUGGGUGGCUCGUCCUGAAGGCCCUGAUCCAAGUGCCCCAGCAAUGGAAAGCAGCAGCUCUGCAGCAGGUGAAGACCCUUACAGCAGCAUGAGCAGCGAGCAAGACAGCUCCACCACAGACAAGGGCUCCUUCCAACCCCGCCUGGACAAAGUGGACACGUCCCUGCCGAGACGGAUUGCUCGGCCCCAGUUGAAGCGGCCAUGAAGAAGCCUGGCAACGGGGCCACAGGAAGGACGCUGGGUCUGGCCGCACGCUGGAUUUGCGCAGGAUGUGUCCCCAGGGGCCCAGAUCCAGGAAGAGGCAGUGGAGCUGCAGUGACGGGGGGGGGGGCUAGAGAGCUGCCUUCUUCUUGCUUACUCUCGCACUUUAGGACUGGGGUGCUGCCACCCCCUUGAAUACCAGCGUCCUUGGUGACGUUGGAAGGAGGAUGUGGAGGAAAAGGAACAGGGCCCCAGGGGGGUAUUUGGGCUUCUGCCUCCGAGGACUUGCAUUGCCCACAGAGGCUGAACUUGGAGGAGCACAUCCCUCAGCGAGGCGCCUUUGACCACUGCCUGGAUGCCACAGCCAUCUGGUGCAAGAGGAGGCCGCCUUGCAAGGGUCUCGCGUCGUCUCUGCAGGUCGGGGACCACGGCUAGCACUUUUGGAGAAAUCGCUUUCUCCCUUUCUGCACCAGCCCACAAUCUGAUCUCUAGCUCAAUCGGUAGAGCAUGAGACUCUUAAUCUCAGGGCAAGGGGUUUGAGCCCCACAUUGAGCGAAAGAUUCGUGCAUUGCAGAGGGUUUGACUAGAUAACCCUGGCGGUCCCGUCCAACUCUAUGAUUCUGCUUGCCCUUCCCCUCUCUACAGACUGGCUGUGCUCCCCCCCUGCCCCGUCCCUUCCAGGUCAGUCCCAGAUAUGCCUGUAGCACCACUGAUUCCCCACGAUGCCAUGCAUCUAUACCCACAGCAAUGCACAAGCUGGGCACAAGCUACAGGAAGCUGCCUGCCAUUUGUUCUUCCCCUGGGUCUCUCUGGCCCCACCGCCAUGGUCUGCCCAUGGGAAACUCUUUUGUCACUCGCAUCCCCCCCCCCCCUCACAUCCAGGCGUUUACUUGAUCAAAUUUUCAGUGCAAUAUGGAAGGAAGCACAGCGACCGGUCGGUUGCCAGAGAAAUGAUAUAGGAUGAUGAUGAUGAUGAUGAUGAUGAGGUCAACAUUGUGAAUGAUUCAUUGGGGAGGGGAGAGAAAAUAAAGCAACUGAGAAAAUCCUCCUCCUCCUUCUUUUA